CCCCUCGCUGGAGCACAGUGGAAAUGGAAUUAGUGACAGGCAUAAAUCUGGAAAUACUUUAUCUAAAUAUGUAAGUAACCCCGCUAUUCACCUGCACUAUAAUCCAGUAUAUUGGGUUGAGUGUGGGGGUGAAUUAGCUGUCAGUUUUCCUGUUUUGUCCAUACUUUGUCUCCCCAGGGGACCUACUCCCCCAUUCCCCACUGUUUAGCACUUCCAGAUUGGGUGCAUGAAAUCAUAUGCUCGCUCAUCAAAUCAGUGGCUGCAGCAGUGUUUAUUCUCAGCUGCGGUGGUUGACAUCACAUCCCCAAAACUGGAAGUGCCAAAUAACAGGGGAAUAUAGCUCUGUUAUACUGACAGUAACGCGGGAGCAAGGAAGGAAACAGAUAGUUUUUUUGUUUACUUAACCCCUCCCUGACAAGGUUUUUAAAAUAAAUUUUUCUCCAGAUAACCCCUUUAACAACAAGCACCCACCAGGUGUUCAGUUGCGCAGGUCCUGAGCUCUCUGCAUACCUGCUCCCUUACAUUAUGACUCUCAUGUAGUAACAGAGUUAAAUGUCCCAAAAUAAAAAAAAGCCGAAAAAAAAAAAACUGCUAUAAAAAGGUUUGAAACCUCAUGCCAUUUUCCAUUUAAAAACAUUGAAAAUUUUGUUGCACGAAGCAGCCCUUGAGGAAUCAAGCAAAUCAUUCCUUUUGAGUGUAUCAUAUGGACUAAAGCAGUUCUAAUGACCAUGCUCCAAACCACUUAUCCAUACUUCAUACCACUCAUUUGUACAUCUAGCCACUCCACAUAUCAAUUUGUCACAGCUUUAACCGUUUCCUUGUCAGGUAAAAUGACAACUCUGUUCAGGGAACAGACUGGCUAAUCUUCUUGUAAUCAAUGUCAAAAAACAUCUUUGAUAUAAUUCUUUUUUUUCCCCCAAAGAGCCAUGGAAGCAGCUUAGAGGCAAUCUAGGGACUUACUCUGUAUUACAACUUUGAUCCAUUUCUUUUCAGCUUUUCAACUAACCCUUAUCACAUACAAUACUUCAGAGUUUCUAUAGAUGGCAUUAGAAACAUAUCUAUUAAUUCCUCGAAUGAUAAAUGGCAGAAGUGGCUGUUAUUGUAGACCAUGUCGGUCACCGGCGGUGGUGCUUACUGCUUCCCGUCAUGAUGGAAUGUUAAUUAGUCAUGUUGUCUUGCCUAUCACUCCUGCCACUCAUUGCUUGUCCGAGCCCGAGGGAUGUUUGACACUCAGUGUUUAUUCUGCUUCACAUUGACAUCACCAUAAUGUAAUCACAUCUCAGCCUCGAUUUCUUGCAAAGCUUCUUCCCCUGCCAACCAUUCACUUUCUUCUUGUUAUUAUGAAGAACUGUGUCAGCCACCGAAAAUGAAAACAUCCCCCAAGGAUGCUGCAUAUCCAACAUGUCAUAUGAUCUGUGACGACUCCUGAUUUUAUCACUGUGUAGUUUAGUUGGAUUAUCAGCGUAUAUCUGUCUGUUCAGGCGAGGAAUACAGGAAACCACUCCUCUUACAAAAAAAAAAAAAAUUAAAAAGCUCCAAGUCAUGCCAGCCAAUAGAGGUGGAAGAAUCGUGGGAUUUUAAACAGAUUUGCAGAGGCUGUGCCUGUGUGGUUCCGAAGGGAGGAAUGCUCAUAAAUGAACGCUGCUUCUUUUUUGCUCAUGUGAGCUUGCAGCAAGAAUUAGCUUUGUGAGCCCGACGUAUUAGAUUAAGACACUGGUUACCACACCGACGGUGUAGCAGCUGCAUAAUAAAUGACGGUGAGAAUCAUGUUAGGCAUGCUCACCUAACCUAACUUGAAUCAUGCGUGAGGGGAGCUAUUGGAAUUCAAAUAGACUUUCUUGUUCCCAGCAGUCGGCAGUAAUAGAAUGCUUUGUGGAAGAUGACAGAUGCAGGGAAAAGAUGCUGUUUUGCACUAUCUUGAUUUGUUACAGCAGCCAACUUAUUGGCAUGAUGGAGUGACAAGCAAAAAGCAGCUGGCAUGGAAGAUGAAAGAGAAGAUGUCCAAAGGAAAACCUUCACGAAAUGGAUAAAUGCUCAGUUUGCAAAGUUCGGGAAACAGCCAAUUGAAGAUCUAUUUAGUGAACUUCAAGAUGGAAGAAGACUUUUGGAUCUUCUUGAAGGCCUUAUUGGUCAAAAAUUGGUAAAAGAAAAAGGUUCCACAAGGGUUCAUGCUUUAAAUAAUGUCAACAAAGCACUUCAAAUCUUGCAAAAAAACAAAGUUGAUUUGGUAAACAUUGGCAGCGCAGACAUAGUGGAUGGGAAUCACAAGCUGACCCUUGGAUUGAUUUGGAGUAUCAUCCUCCAUUGGCAGGUGAAGGAUGUGAUGAAAGGCAUUAUGGCUGACUUGCAGCAGACAAAUACAGAAAAGAUCUUACUAAGCUGGGUCCGCCAAUCAACUCGCAAUUACCCACAGGUCAACGUUAUCAAUUUCACCAGCAGUUGGUCUGAUGGAUUGGCUUUUAAUGCACUCAUCCACAGUCACAGACCGGAUCUGUUUGAGUGGAAUAAUGUUCUCUGCCAACAAUCUGCUCUUCAUCGGCUGGAUCAUGCAUUCAACACUGCCCAGCAACACUUGGGAAUUGCAAAUCUCCUCGAUCCUGAUGAUAUUGCAACAGCUCAUCCUGACAAGAAGUCCAUUUUAAUGUAUGUAACAUCACUCUUCCAAGUUCUACCACAAAAAGUCUCCAUUGAAUCACUUCGGGAAUUGGAAACAAUGUCUCGCCAAAUAAUCCCUCCAGAAGAACAAUUCAGGCAUUUUGAUCAGCGGCAUUUCUCUCAGCAAAUCACUGUCAAUGUAGCACAGGGACGUGUGCACACCCCUUCACCUCCUCCCAAACCUCGCUUCAAAAGCUAUGCCUACACACAAGCUGCUUAUGUCAUGUACCCUGACCAAAAAGGGAGGCAGUUCCCUCCACAGAGAAUGGAAGGCAAGGAUGACAGGCCAUUUAGCAAAUUAGAAAUGGAACAGAGAGGUGAUCUAGAAAGUUAUCAGUCAUCAUUGGAACAAGUGCUUACAUGGCUUCUUUCAGCAGAAGAUGUUUUACAAUGUCAAGGGCCAAUAUCUUCAAAUGUAGAAGAAGUAAAAGAACAAUUUCAUUUACAUGAGGGCUUUAUGAUGGAAUUAACAUCUCAUCAGGGAAAUGUUGGAGGAGUUUUGCAAGCUGGAAGUCAACUAUUGUCUACUGGGAAACUUUCUGAUGAUGAAGAAAAUGAAAUCCAGGAACAGAUGAAUCUGCUCAAUUCCCGAUGGGAAAGUCUCAGGUUGGCCAGCAUGGAAAGGCAAAGCAAUUUGCACAAAACACUGAUGGACCUUCAGAAUCAACAACUUCAACAGUUAAAUGACUGGCUUUCACAAACAGAGGCGAGAACAAGGAAGAUGGAGGCUGAAAUUCUUGGCCCUGACUUGGAAGAUAUAAAACGUCAGAUAGAAGAUCAUAAGAUUUUACAAGAUGACUUAGAGCAAGAACAAGUAAGAGUUAAUUCACUUACUCAUAUGGUGGUAGUGGUGGAUGAAGCAAGUGGAGAUAAAGCUACAGCUGCACUAGAAGAACAAUUGCAGCAUUUGGGAGAUCGCUGGGCAACUAUUUGCAGAUGGACAGAGGACAGGUGGAUACUUUUACAGGAAAUCCUUCUAAAAUGGCAACAGUUUGCUGAAGAACAGUGUCGUUUUGAUGCCUGGCUUACAGAAAAAGAAGAGGCUGUGAACAAUAUCCACACACAAGAUUUUAAGGAUCAAAAUGAAAUGCUUGCAAACCUUAGAAAAUUAGCGAUAUUGAAAGGAGAGCUAGAAAUUAAACAGAAGACAAUGGAAACACUGUACUCUCUAAAUCAGGACCUCCUUUCCUCCUUGAAAAAUACUAUAGUGUCUCAAAAACAUGACUCAAGGUUAGAUGACUUUGCUAAAAGGUGGGAAAAUCUUGUACAGAAGCUGGAGAACAGUACCAGGCAGAUUUCACAGGCUGUCACCACCACUCAGACAUCACUAACACAGACAACUGUAAUGGAAACUGUAACUAUGGUGACCACCAGGGAACAAAUUCUUGUUAAGCAUGGUAAAGAUGAACUCCCUCCGCCUCCCCCACAGAAGAAAAGACAAAUUCUUGUGGAAUCAGAACUUAGGAAAAGAUUUGAUGUUGAUUUAACAGAACUGCAUAGCUGGAUGACACGCUCUGAAGCUGUGCUGCAAAGCCCUGAAUUUGCAAUAUUUAAGAAAGAAGGAGACUUCAAUGACCUCACAAAGAAAGUUAAAGCCAUAGAAAGAGAAAGGCCUGAGAAGAAUAGAAAGUUGCACGAGGCCAACAGAAAUGUCAAUACACUGACUGAACAGAUGUUGAAUGAUGGCCUUAAUGCAGACAGCAUCAAACAGUCUUCUCAACAUCUGAACAGCCGGUGGACAGACUUCUGUCAGUUACUGAGCGAGAGACUUUCUUGGCUGGAAUAUCAAAACAGCAUCAUUGCCUUUUACUCCCAGUUACAACAAUUGGAACAGACAGCAAUUACAGCUGAAAACUGGCUAAAAGCACAAACUACAACAGCCUCUGAGGCACAAACAGUCAAAUUACAGUUACAAAAAUGCAAGGAUGAAAUUGGUCGUCUGUUAGCACUUAAGCCUACAAUUGGAUCCUUGCAAGUUCAGGGAAAACAACUGAAAGAAAAGGAACAGGGGCCAAUGUUUCUGGAUGCAGAUGUAGCAGCUUUUCUCAAACACUAUAAUCAAGUUCUUUCCAACUUGCAAUCUAGAGAAAAACAGCUUCAGAACAUUUUAGAAAGUUUACCUCCAACACAGUACAAGGAGAAAAUGAGCACUAUCCUUCUGUGGAUCCAGCAGUCUGAAACCAAACUUGCUAUACCUCAGGUCACUGUUACUGAAUGUGAAAUUAUGGAACACAGACUCAGGGAGCUAAAGGCCUUACAAAGUUCCCUGCAGGAACAUCAGGCUGAUAUGAAUUAUCUCAGCAAAACUGCAGAGGAGUUAUCUAGCAAAGCGCCUGCUGAUGUCAAGCAAAAGUAUUGGGCAGAAAUUGACCAAGCCCAAAGUCGUUGGAAUAUUUUAUCAAGUCAGAUAGCAGGACAGUGCCAAAAAUUAGAAGAAUUACUCAACAAACAUAGACAAUUUCAGAAUGAUCUCAAAACCUUAAAUAAGUGGAUGGCAGAAGUAAAUGUUUUCCUUAAUGAAGAGUGGCCAGCACUUGGAGAUUUGGAAGCUCUUGAAAAACAGCUGGAGCAAUGUAAUGCAUUGGUAAAUGACAUCCAAACAAUUCAGCCUAGUGUUAGCAGUGUCAAUGAUGUUGGGCAGAAACUAAUCAGUAAAGCUGAAUCAACCUAUCUGCCCAAGCUUAAGAGAGAUUUGGAUAAUUUAAAUGAACAAUGGGACCUCAUAUGUAAACAGGCCUACGCAAAAAAAACAGCACUUAAAGGCGGCUUAGAGAAAACAUUAAACCUUCGGAAAGACCUGGCUGAGAUGCAGGAAUGGAUAUCACAAGCUGAAGAUGAGUAUUUAGAGAGAGAUUUUGAGUACAAGACGCCAGAAGAGUUACAAAAGGCAUUAGAAGAACUUAAGAGGGCAAAAGAAGAUGCUGCACAGAAACAAGAAAAAGUAAAGCUCUUGACAGAGUCUGUGAAGAACUUUAUUGCAACAGCGCCAUCUGCUGCCCAUGAGCCCUUAAAGAAAGAGCUGGAUGUUUUAGUCACCAACUAUGAAAGACUAUGCAGCAGGUUAAAUGGAAAGUGUGAAACGCUACAGGUGGUAUGGAAAUGUUGGCUAGAACUAUUAUCAUACUUGGAAGCUGAAAAUAAAUGGAUUGAUGAGACUGAAGUAAAGCUAAAAACUACUGAGCAACCAAAGGGGUCACCAGAAGAGAUUUCACAGGCCUUAAAGUCCAUAGAAAAAAUUAUGAAGCAUCCAGAAGACAAUCGGAAUCAAAUAAAAGAACUUGCUCAGACAUUGACCGAUGGGGGUGUGAUGGAUGAACUGAUCAAUGAAAAACUGGAAAACUUCAAUACACGUUGGGAAGAAAUACAACAGGAGGCUGUAAGGAGACAAAAGGUUCUUGAACAAAGUAUUCAGUCUGCUCAGGAGAUUGACAAAGCCAUUCGCUUAAUUCAAGAGUCUCUUGGCACCACAGACAGACAGCUGACAGCUUAUAUUUCGGAGAGAAUUGAUGCAGCCCAGGUUCCGCAGGAAGCACAGAAAAUACAGUCUGAUCUAUUAAGCCAUGAAAUUGGUUUGGAUGAAAUGAAGAAGAAAAACCAAGGAAAAGAAAUGUCUAAGAAGGUCCUUUUACAGAUUGAAAUAGCACAGAAAAAAUUGCAGGAAGUUUCUACAAAGUUUAGACUAUUCCAGAAACCAGCAAACUUUGAGCAGCGUCUUCUAGAAUCUAAAAGAAUUCUAGAUGAAGUGACAUUGGAAUUACCAGUUUUGGAAAUGAAGAGUAUUGAGCAAGAUGCUGUUCAAACUCAGUUGGAUCAUUGUAUGAAACUGUACAAAAUACUAAGUGAAGUUAAAUCUGAAGUGGAGACAGUGAUAAAAACUGGACGUCAAAUUGUGCAAAAACAGCAAACCGAGAAUCCUAAAGAUCUGGAUGAAAGGCUGACUGCUUUAAAGCUGCAAUACAAUGAGCUAGGAGCAAAGGUAACCGAGGGAAAGCAGGUGCUGGAGAAAUGUUUGAAACUCUCAAGAAAGCUGCGAAAAGAGAUGAGCAAUUUGACUGAAUGGUUGGCCACAAUAGACGCUGAAGUAACUAAGAGAUCAUCUGAGGAGGGUAUGCCAACUAACUUAGAGGAAGAGAUUGCCUGGAGCAAGACAACACAAAAAGAGAUGGAAAAGCGACAGCAACAACUAAAGAAUGUACGGGAUUUAGGGGAUUCCCUCAAAACUGUACUAGGAGAAAAAGGCAAUCUUGUGGAUGACAAACUCAGUCUACUAAACAGUAACUGGCUGGCGGUAACAUCAAGAGCUGAAGAGUGGUUCCGCCUCCUGAUGGAAUAUCAAAGGCAGAUGGAAGCUUUUAACCAAGGAGUUGAUAACACAACUGCUUGGAUGUAUCACGCAGAAAAAUUACUUGAUGAGAUGGAGAUACAAAAUCCACAACAAAGAGAAGAAACAUUGAAGGUUUUAAAAUCUGAGCUGAAUGACAUUCAGCCAAAGGUGGAUUCAAUCCAUGAUCAAGCUGAGGAGUUAAUGGCAAACCAUGGCGAUCACUGUAAGAAGAUUGUAGAGAUCAAGAUGUUGGAACUUGACCAGAGAUUUAUUCCUAUUUCCCAAAAAAUCAAGAGUGGAAAGGGAAUGGUUUCAACCAAGGAACUGGAACAGUUUCAUUCUGAUUUACACAAAUUGCUUGAACCACUGGAGGCUGAAAUUCAGCUAGGAGUGAAUCUCACAGAAGAAGACUUUAAUAAAGAUAUGAGUGAAGAUAAUGAUGGGCAAAUAAGAGAAUUGUUACAAAGGGGAAAUAGUCUUCAGCUCAAAAUUGGAGAUGAUAAAAAGAGAGAAGAAAUCAAACGGAAACAACAACUCCUACAAUCUAAACAUAAUACUCUCAAGGAUUUAAGAUCUCAAAGAAGGAAAAAAGCCCUAGAGAUUUCCCAUCAGUGGUAUCAGUACAAAAGACAAUCUGAUGAUUUACUUAAAUGUUUGGAUGAUAUUGAAAAGAAAAUUGCCAGUCUUCCAGAACCCAAAGAUGAGCAGAAGCUUAAGGAGAUUGAUGGAGAAUUGGAGAUGAAGAAAGAAGAACUGAAUGCAGUACACAGGCAAGCUGAACGUUUGUCUAAGGAUGGGGCUGCCAAAGCAGUGGAGCCAACUCUGAUACAUCUUAACAAACGCUGGCAAGAAAUUGAGAGCAAAUUUGCUCCAUUCCGAAGACUACACUAUGCACAAAUUCAAACUGUUCAUGAAGAGAGCACUCGCUUAAUGACUGAAGGAAUGAAAGUGGACGCCUCUAAUGUGCCUUCUACAUACCUGGCAGAGAUUGCACGUCUUCUGCAGUCUAUUGCUGAGGUGGAUCUUCUGCUCAACUCUUCAUACCUGAACAAAAAAGAUUGUGAAGACCUAUCUAAACAGGAUGAGUGUCUCAAGAACGCAAAAGAAAACCUAGGGAGACUAUCAGGUCAAAUCGGGUUCACUCAAAGCAGAAAGAAUACAGUUCUCCAAUCAGCUACACCAAAAGAAAAUAAGAAAAUCCAACUAAAACUGGCAGAGCUUUACUUCCAGUGGGAAAACAUCAACAAGUUGUACAAAGAUCGCCAAGAGAAAUUUGACUUAUCUUUGGAGAAGUGGAUGAAACUACAGGAGGACAUGAAUAACUUCAACCAUUGGUUAGGUGAAGCUGAGUCGGUCCUUGCUGAUCAUCAAGGUGAAACACGAGAUUUGGAGAAAGCUAAACAACACCAGCAGAAGGUGAAGGCACUUGAAGAUGGCAUAGCAGAACAGCUAGCUCUUGUGAAAACACUGAAUGUAUCUGGUGGAGAGAUUGCUGAGCAGUCCUCAGCUGCUGACGCUGCUUGUAUUAAAGAUAAUUUGGAUACCUUAAAUUCUCGCUGGAAUACACUUAAUAGAAAGCUACAAGAGAGAAGAAGAAGGCUUGAAGAAGAAAAAAGAAAGUUAUAUGGACUGCAAGAAGACUUGAAUACAUUUCGGACAUGGUUAGAAGAUGCUGAGGAAAUUGCUAAUACACCAGCAGAACAAGAAAAUGAGCUUCAGCUAAAUGAACUGCUUGAAAAAGUGAAGGUGAAGAUAGAAGAGCUUUUACCUCAGAAGGAAAUUUUGAAACAAUUAAAUGAAACUGGAGGGACUGCAAUAGAAAGUACUACAGUAGCACCAGAAGAAAAGCGGAAAAUUGAGGUUGGCCUCAAGGAGGCUAAUCAGCGCUGGAUCAAGGUGUCUAAGGAUCUUCAAGAUAAGCAAAAUGAAAUUGAGGACCAGUUAAAGAACGGAUCUUUAUUUGAACUCCAGUUGAAUCAGCUGACAUUGUGGGUUUCAUCUGUGAAGGAUCAGCUAUCAUUCUACAAUCAAGUUGGAAGGCCAGGAGUUUUUAACAUCAAGGAAACAGAGGAUGCUCUAGAAGCUAAAAGGCCACAUGUGGAAGGUAUAUUGUCUAAGGGAUAUCAACUUCAAGCAGAGAAGUCCAUGUCCUACCCUUUAAAGAAAAAGGUAGAAGAUCUCAAUCAAGAGUGGAAUACAGUCAUCCUGUUACUUGAAGAAUUGAAAAGAAGACCCACUUCUGGUGACCGUCCUCCUCCUCCUCCAACAGCUUUUGUGGUAACUCAGACCCUUGUAACAACAGGAACCAGUACAGCAGAUAUGCCAUCUUCACUUCUCCUUGAGGUUCCGGCACUAGCCGAAUUCAGCAAGACAUGUGCUGAGCUAAAAGACUGGCUUACGCUACUAGACCGUGUAAUAAAAGCUCAGAUUGUGACCGUGGGAGAAGUGGAUGAAAUCAAUGAAAUGAUUAUUAAACAAAAGGUAACUCUGCAGGAUUUGGAACAAAAACGACCCCAUUUGGAAGAACUUAUAACUGCUGCUCAGAACCUGAAGAACAAAACAAGCAAUCCAGAGGCACGAGCAGUGGUUACAGAUCGCAUUGAAAAAAUACAAAACCAAUGGGAGGAAGUACAAUGCCACCUUCAGAAUAGAAGACAACAGCUGCAGGAAAUGUUGAAGGAUUCCACCCAGUGGCACGAUGCUCGUCACGAGGCCGAGCAGAUGCUGGAGAAGGCAAAAGGACAUAUUGAAUCUUGGAAGGAGAUAUCAUAUACAGUUGAAUCACUAAAGAAACAAAAUUCAGAUCUAAAGCAAUUUUCCAAGGAACUUCGGCAGUGGCAGAUAAAUGUGGAUGUAGCAAAUGAUUUGGCCUUGAAGCUUUUACGGGAUUACUCCUCUGAUGACACCAGGAAGGUGGAGCUGAUGAAAGACAAUAUUAACAUGACCUGGACGAAAAUAAACAAAAGGGUCAAUGACCGUGAUGGUGCACUGGAAGCGGCUUUACGACUGUUGCAACAAUUUUACUUAGAUUUGGAAAAGUUUCUUUCAUGGCUCACAGAAUCUGAGGCUAUGGCAAAUGUCCUGCAGGAUGCAAAACAUAAGGAUGGGAUCCUGGAAGAUCCACAAGGCCUUCAAGAGUUGAUGACGCAAUGGCAGGAAUUGCAAGCGGACAUCGAUGCCCACACAGAAGUAUUUCAUUCAUUGGACGAAAAUGGACAGAAAAUCCUUAAAUCUUUGGAGGGGUCUGAAGACGGCUCUCUCUUGACCAGGAGGCUUGAUAAUAUGAAUGUCCGAUGGAAUGAGCUAAGGAAAAAGUCCCUUAAUAUCAGGUCUCAUUUAGAAGCCAGCAAGGAGCACUGGAAGCGAUUACACAUCUCUCUGCAGGAGCUUCUUGCAUGGCUGCAGCUGAAGAACGAGGAGCUAAAGCAGCAGGAGCCCAUUGGUGGGGAUGUUCCCAAAGUGCAAAGCCAGAUUGACACGCAUCGGGUCUUCAAGAGGGAGGUAAAAUCCAAGGAACCUGUUAUCAUGAGUGCACUUGAUACUGUGCGUAUAUUUCUAGCAGAGCUUCCCUUCGACAGACUGGAGAAAAUAUACCAUGAGCCGAGAGAACAUCACGUAGAAGAACAGUCCAAGAAUGUCAGCAGAAUCCUGCAGAAGCAGGUUGAUGAUGUAAGAAAUGAGUGGGACAAGUUAAACGUGGGAUCACUUGAGUGGCAGAAAAAAUUAGAUGAUGCACUUGAAAGACUGCAGGAGCUCCAGGAUGCAAUGGAUGAACUGGACCAUAAACUAUGUCAAGCUGAGGCCAUGAAAGGGUCCUGGCAGCCAGUGGGAGAUUUGCUGAUUGACUCGCUACAAGAUCAUAUAGGAAAAAUCAAGACCUUCAGAGCAGAAAUAGCACCGAUAAAAAAUAAUGUAAAUCAAGUGAAUGAUCUGGCACAUCAGUUCAACGCAACGGACAUCCAGUUAUCACCUUAUAUUGUCAGUCGCCUGGAAGAGCUAAACACAAGGUGGACGCUUCUACAGGUGUCCAUUGAUGAGCGCAUCAGACAAUUGCAUGAAGCCCACAGGGAUUUUGGCCCCACGUCUCAGCAUUUCCUUUCCACUUCGGUCCAGGGUCCAUGGGAGAGGGCUAUCUCACCAAAUAAAGUGCCAUACUACAUAAAUCAUGAUACUCAAACAACUUGCUGGGAUCAUCCCAAAAUGACAGAGCUCUACCAGUCUUUAGCUGACUUAAACAAUGUGAGAUUCUCUGCGUACAGAACUGCCAUGAAGCUGAGGAGGCUGCAGAAAGCUCUGUGCUUGGAUUUACUGGGCUUGUCUGCUGCCUGUGAUGCUUUGGACCAGCACAACCUCAAGCAGAACGACCAGAUUAUGGAUAUUUUACAGAUUAUUAAUUGCUUAACCACAAUUUAUGAUCGACUGGAGCAAGAGCACAACAACCUGGUGAACGUGCCCCUCUGCGUGGAUAUGUGCCUGAAUUGGCUCUUGAAUGUUUAUGACACGGGUCGGACUGGAAGAAUCCGUGUGUUGUCUUUUAAAACUGGUAUUAUAUCCCUAUGUAAAGCACAUUUGGAAGACAAAUACAGAUAUCUUUUUAAGCAAGUGGCAAGCUCUACUGGAUUUUGUGACCAACGAAGACUGGGUCUUCUCCUCCAUGAUGCUAUUCAGAUUCCACGACAGCUGGGUGAAGUGGCCUCCUUUGGUGGAAGUAACAUAGAACCCAGUGUCAGGAGCUGCUUUCAAUAUGCUAACAAUAAGCCGGAAAUUGAGGCAGCUUUGUUUCUGGAUUGGAUGAGGUUGGAGCCUCAGUCGAUGGUUUGGCUACCGGUGCUUCACAGAGUUGCUGCUGCUGAAACUGCCAAACACCAAGCCAAGUGUAAUAUAUGUAAAGAAUGUCCAAUCAUCGGUUUCAGGUACAGAAGUUUAAAGCACUUUAACUAUGACAUCUGCCAAAGUUGCUUCUUUUCUGGUCGUGUUGCAAAAGGACACAAAAUGCACUAUCCAAUGGUUGAAUAUUGCACUCCUACUACAUCUGGAGAAGAUGUACGCGACUUUGCAAAGGUUUUAAAGAAUAAAUUCAGGACAAAAAGAUAUUUUGCAAAACAUCCAAGGAUGGGUUAUCUUCCUGUUCAAACCGUCCUGGAAGGAGACAACAUGGAGACUCCUGUUACACUGAUCAACUUCUGGCCAGUAGAUUCUGCCCCUGCUUCAUCUCCCCAGCUAUCACACGAUGACACUCACUCACGAAUUGAACAUUAUGCUAGCAGGCUAGCUGAAAUGGAAAACAGCAAUGGAUCCUACCUAAAUGAUAGCAUUUCCCCCAAUGAAAGCAUAGAUGAUGAACAUUUGCUUAUCCAGCACUACUGCCAAAGCUUGAAUCAAGAGUCACCACUAAGCCAGCCCCGAAGCCCUGCCCAAAUACUUAUCUCUUUGGAAAGUGAAGAGCGAGGGGAGCUUGAAAGGAUCCUUGCUGACUUGGAAGAGGAAAACAGGAAUUUGCAGUCUGAAUAUGAUAGACUAAAGGAGCAGCAUGACCAUAAGGGAUUGUCCCCACUACCUUCCCCUCCAGAAAUGAUGCCAGCCUCCCCACAGAGUCCAAGAGAUGCAGAACUCAUAGCAGAAGCCAAGUUACUGCGCCAGCACAAAGGACGUCUGGAAGCCAGAAUGCAGAUACUGGAAGAUCACAACAAGCAACUGGAGUCACAAUUACAUCGGCUUAGACAGUUGCUAGAGCAGCCGCAAGCAGAGGCAAAGGUCAAUGGUACAACAUUUUCCUCUCCUACUCCCUCGCUGCAGAGAUCAGAGAGCAACCAGCCCAUGUUGCUUCGUGUAGUUGGCAGCCAAACAUCUGAAACCAUGGGUGAGGAUGAUGUUCUUAGUCCUCAACAUGACACAAGCACAGGAUUAGAGGAAGUCAUGGAGCAGCUAAAUAACUCCUUCCCAACUGUAAGAGGAAACAAUGUAGGAAAUCUCUUCCACAUGGCUGAUGAUUUGGGAAGAGCGAUGGAAACUUUAGUCACAGUUAUGACCGAAGACGAGGUGUUGGAUUGACAACUCCCUACACACCGCAUGUGUUUUUAUAUACUAUCUUCGUACAACAAAAAGGGGGUUAGACUGUAAGAGUUUACAAGAAAAUAUCUAUAUUUUUGUGAAGGGUAGUGGUACUAUACUGUAGAUUUCAGUAGUUUCUUAAGUCUGUUAUUGUUUUACAAUAGCAGAUUUUAAAUGUCUAUGCAAUUGUACAAAACCAAUAAGAAAACUACAUGUAAAAUCUUGAUAGCUUAAAAAAAAAACUUGCCAUUUCUUUUUACAGAGGGCAAUUUUGGGUUGUUUAAAAAAAUUUAUAUCAGUUAUAAUGAAAGAUUGUAAACUAAAGUGUGCUUUAUAAAAAAAGAAAAUGUUUAUAAAAAAUCCCUUUAAAAAGAAAAAAAAAUUGCAUUGACUUUAGAAUCACAUUGGCUUUGUAACUGUAUAUCAACAAUAUCCAUGUUAAGUGUCAUUUUUCUUGUGUGUCGAAGAACACGAGUUAUAGCACCAAAUAUGAUACUGACAUAUGGUCCAUCUGCUGCAGACACAUUUGUUCUAGGAAGAGCAAUGGAGAUGGCUAAGCCCCACAACUAGAAUAUGAAGGCAAUUUUUUUUCCACCUCUGUGAAUUUUUUUUUUUUUUUUUAACAACGAAUGACUAGGUUGUCCUAAGCCACUAAUCUAUACUUGGAAAGUCUCAAGGCUAACACAGUUAAUGUAGCCGUACUCAAUACGAACUUAUGAACUAGAGAAUUUUGUAAAUCGAUGGGAUAAACAUUUCUUGAACCCACAAAAUGGCUGUUUUAUUGAUGUGCAGGCAACUGCUACAGAUUAACACAGAGAAUGUUCAGCCCCAUGGGCUUAGUGUCUAGCAUAAAGAAUUUUUUUGCUUUUUCUUUCAUUAUAUUAGGACUGAGUUCAGUGUUAUGGUUUAUAACAUAUUUGGACACCCAUAUUCUGUUUGUAAACUCAUAUUUAACAUGGAGAAUGUAUAACUUGGGCACCCAUACAUACCAUCUGUCCUGCAGAAGACAAUUUUUUUUUACUAGAGUGCUGAUGUACUUCGACAAUCUAUUAGAUACAGUUCAUGCUAACUUGUAUAUUUCCAGACCUUACAAUGCAAGGUAACCUAAAUUGCAUGAUUUGGCAUCAGAACAUGCCUUCAGUCCCUUAGACAGCACUGUGCCUUGUACAACUUUAGAACUUUUUAUUGAAAAAUGUCACUGCUGCGCCUAAGUAUGUCUUUUAUUGUUAUUAUUAUCCUAAAAGUGAAGCUCCAUCGCUGAUUAUGAUUGGCUACAUUGUCAGCAAAUUUAAAACAUAGUAGUUGUGUAAUCUUCAGUAGCCUUAUUUGCUAGUUCUACCUUUUUUUUUCCGGUUGCUUUCAAGGCUACAUUUACAACUUUUCUGUCAGGACCAUCAAAAUAGCAUUACAUGCUUCACUGUUCAGCAUGGUACAACUCUAUUAUGAGUCAAUAAUGAGGGGAAAAAAUUGACAGAUAAAAAUAUAAACUAACUUUACUAUAAAACCUUUUAAUAAAAAUGGAGCUAUUGACAGAUAUUAUUUUUGUUUUUUAGCAGGAAGUAGUUUUGAUUAUUAUAUUAGUAUAAAAGACAGCUCAUCGCAGCUCUUUAAUAUAUGAUUAAAUGCUUAGGCUAUGUUCACAACACCUUUGUGGAGCUCCGUUACAACAGUUGAUAAUGAGGCUGGGGAAGAGGUUGUGAAACCAGUUACCAACGGAACCAGACAGGUCCCAUUCACUUUGGGUGGUCUCAGAGGGGUUUCUAUUAGUUUUUUUUUUUUUUUUAAAUGAUUUUUAGUGGAGGAAAACUGACAUAUUAAAGUACCAUUAUUUUAACAGAAACGGAGCUCCGAACUGUCAUGUGAGCAUAGCUUUAAAAGGGUUAUCCAGCCUUUAAAAAAUGAAUGGCCUAUCCACAGGCUGCACAAGAAAUUAUAAAAAAAAAAAAAUCAUCACUUAAAGAUAACAUAAAAUCCAAUGUAAGGGUACGUUCACACGUACAUAAUCCACCGCGGAUGAUGCUACUGUCCAUUGACUUCAAAUCCUAUGCAGAAUUAUGUAAGUGUGAACAUGUUCUAAAACAGUUUGUUAGUGAAUUAGUUUACAAGUGGAAUUAAAAGUAGAUAAAUCUUGACAUGUAGAAAAGGAUUUAUACCACAAGAUCACAUGUCCUUGAUAUGAUGGUGCAAUAAGUUAGAUGUUAGUACUCUACAGUUAGACACUUUCCAAAUACCAAGGCGCUGAACGUUUCUGUCUUUAUGGACCCUCCUAGUCAUGGUAUCUGAAAUAAAAAUGUAAUAUAAAAGCCGAGACAUGUAUAGAAAAUCUUACUAUAUACCAAACGUCUUUAAAUGAUAACACCCCCCCCCCCCCCCAAUGGCCAUGUAAAUUGUACACAAUUGAGGGUGGUAGUAGUGAGGGCGGUAGUAGUAGCUAUAAAGUAUGUUAAAAUGCUAAAUACAUAGAUAUUCAUAUGUUUGUAUUGCCCAAGUCGAACAGAACAACCUAAGAGUCCUUAUUAACAAUACAAAGUAAAAAGAAAAGAAAAAAAAAUCAGCUGCAUGUGAGUAUGCCUAAAUUUACCUUAAUUUAAUAAUUUCCUGCACUAAAACUGAAAGAUAAGGGAAAAUGUAAAAAGUGAUGAAUAUUUAAGAGAUGCAAAGUUGCUGAAAAUAUAGCCAAUUUGAAUGUAUGGGAGAGCUUCAGCUUCAAUGGGCAAUUGAAAUUUAGAUGGCCAGUGCUGUUUGCAUCAUGGGAAGGAGGUAUUACAUUGACAUCAAAAUGGACAGUUGUUCCAGUAAAAUGAAUGACCGAUCAUGUCUUAAAUAAUAUGUCAUGACACUUAUGUAAUUUUUUCAAGGUUACAUGGAAUGUCAAAAGAUUAAAAAGUUAUUUUUAAAUCAAUUGGACUAAAAACAAAACCUUAUCCCGGUUAUAAUGCUGUCUCUGUAAAAUAAUUCUAAUAGAGUGCACCUGUCAAAUCUGCACAAUGGCACUUUUAAAAUAUAUAUUUUUUCUGCUAGAAAGUGUGUGUGUGUGUGUGUGCGUGCGUGUAUAGUAACAGUCAUUGGGGGUGACUAACCAACUAAGUACUGGGAUCACUAUUACCACUUAAGCUGAAAGUAGGUUAUUGCUGCUUCUGAAAACCAAAAAUUGUAGCUAUUUAUGUAUUUUACCCUGUCAUACAAAAAGCAGAGCAGUGGGAAACUGAAUGCCUUUCACCGAUGCCCCGAAAAAUGAAAGCUCCCCAUUUAAGGCUGUGAGAUAUGUUCUUGGAUUCCCAUCGGAGUUUUGCUCAGCUGCUUCUCUACAUGUCAACUCUUUGAAACAGGGUACAAAAGCUACAACUGUGUGUUUAUCUUUAACAGUCCCCACAUCAGUAUGUAAAACAUAUCCUCAUAUCUGGAGCCCUAGAUGCUUCCAUCUGGUUUACUAUAAAGUAAAAAUUUGUGGCAGUGUUACAGUAUCUGUGCAGACAAUUUCCAUUGUUUGCCUUGUGUAGGUUUUAUCAAUACAUACAAUGAAUAGUGUGCUCUGGGUAACCCACUGGGUCAUAGAAAAGUCCUUAUUUUAUUACUUUUUUGUUAUCAGGCAGUCCAUGUUACAUCUACCUCACUGCAGUUCUGUGCUAUUUGUAAACAUUUAAGCAAAACAUUCAACACUUCCUUCAUUGUCUCAAUGGCCAAUGAUAGUAAAUUCCUAUUGGGAUUUGUUUUUAAGAACCUAAAAUAAAGUUGCAGCCUAAGACACAAUGAGAAGAUUUACUAUUUUAUAAUUUUGGUAUUUUUCCUUUUCCUUAAUGAAGAUAUCGGCAGAAGGGUUUUUGUUGAAUAAAGAUGCCCAGGCUUUCUGGUGUUAAAAAUAAAAAAGCUAUACAUACCUUUCCACGCUCCUCCACUGCCCCCAGUAACGCUGCUCCCGGUCUCUGGCGCUCUUCUCUUCUGGGUACUGUGGCCCAAUGCGUCACUUGCCAAUCACUGGUUGAAGCGGGACACCACUGCCGGCAGUGAUUGGCUGAGUGGCAAUUGAUAUAUUGGGCCCCAGCAGCCGGUAGAGUGGAGAACUAGAGUCCAGAAGCAGGUGAGCACGGAAGGUAUGUACAGCUUUUUUUUUAUUUUUUUUAUAGUGUACAGUCUGGGCAUCUUUAUUAAAAGAAAAGUCUCUCCUGGCGAAUAACCCCUUUAAGCUUGUGUACAUCAUAUGUGAGUACAUGUUUAUGUAUACACAUCUAUACAUAUGCAACCCUUUUCAUGUUUUUUGUUUAAACAUCCCCUUUUUACUACUGACUGUUUUUCAGUGAUUUUAAUUUGUCAAAGGUUACUAUGAAUCCUGGUCAUAUGUUCCAAGUUAUUUCAGGUUAUGGAGCAAUAAUAUAGUUACCGUAUGGUGUAAAAAUUUGGCUUAAAACAAACUCUAUAAGCAAAGGUACUUAAAAGGGACAUCCAUGUUCCUGUAGUCAACACUUGAAGAGGGAGAGAAUGCUUGGGUAUCAUGGAAGUUACAAUCUUUCAUCCACUAAGUUUCUAUUUUAUUUUAUCAGUGAGUACUUUCUAAAGCUGUUGAGUACAUUGCCCACAGCAAUCACCAUGUAAGGAGGUAGCAAAGAAACACUGUACUAAGGAGCAUGCUACAAUAAAGGUACUGAAUGAGCAGAUGUUCAAAGCCCAGGUUGUAGAUGUGUUCUCACAUAUCAGGGUAUAAGCUUUAGCUUAUUUUAGUAUUAAUGCAGUUUUUUAUGUGGAAUUUAUUUUACAAUGUUGUGCUUCAUGUUGUAUGAUUUAAUUAAUAUUUUAUUUUAGCACAUUAAAAAUUCUAUACACAAUAACAUAAUUGAAAUAAUUAUGAUAAAGACACUAUCAAAAGUCAGACAUUAAAAGAUGUGUCUUGUGACAGGUAGAAUGCAAUUUGUUGUAAUCUGAUCCAAUAGAUUGGUAGUGAUACAAUGAUAUAUAUCCAUAUAAAGUUAUAUUUGAACACUGGGAAACUUAUAUCAUUUUUAUAAUCAAAAAUGCAUUCAAGUUAACAUUACCCUUAAAAAAAUAAAAGGCUGCUCUCCUGUAGACAAACUGUUGUCUUGGACAAAAAGUGGUUUCGCUAAUAUCCUACAACUACUUUAAUUAUAUUGAUUUUAUUCCGAAUUUAGGAGGACCUGUGGUCCCUAUAGAAAGUGAGAUGAGGGCAAUGUAUAGAUGGCUGAUCACACACCAUUUUUUAUAGAAUGGUGAUUGCCCCCCACUUUCCGGAGAUACAGGGCUCCCUAUCCUCUCUGACAGUCUUGCUACUUUGUCAGAUUGCCAGGACAGUAUAAUGUGUUUACCGUACUUCCUACGAUGGGGGGGGGGGGGCAUACAUACUAUAUGGUCGGGACGUGUAUCCCCUCCGGCUACUGCUCAGACAGCAGGAUCUUGUGAAAUGUUAGAUCCUCUUUCCUGUCCAAUGAGCACUGGCUGGAGUUGAAUACACUUCCCAUCAAUUAAGUAUGCAUAGUAAGUAUGUCAAACACAGUAUAAUGCCAUCCCUCCCAUCUAGGUAGCAAGACUGUUAGAGGGAUACCAAGUCCUAUAUCUCGGGAAUGGGGGCAGGGAUCACCAUUCUAUAAAAAAGCAUGUGAUUACCACCAACAACAUGCCUGUAUCUUCUUUAAAAAGAGACCACAGGUCUUCUUUAAGAUCUCUUUAUCUCAGUUUCCAGAUGUUGAUGUUACAAGCUCCUAAAGCAGAAUAUUUUAUUCUACUAUCAAUAGUGAUUCUAUUUUAUUUAAUAUUUAAGAAUAUAAAGCUAAGAAACUUUUAUUACAUAGUUACUGAAAUCGCCUUGAUUCCCCUUCACAUUAAGUUUUUUUUUUUUGUCUUAAUACAUAUAUAUCAAAAGCUUUAGUUUUCAAAGGGAUUUACUUGUUCUUCCCAGAUGUCCUUAAGAUAUGGUUCAUGUUAUGGUCGUCAUUUUAUUUCAUUUAACAGACUGGAGUGUGUGUGCCAGACUUGGUUUUGAGGGAAAAAGAAAAAAAAAGGAUUUGCACGGUUUGAGUUGUUAAUUUUUGUUUAUCUAUAAUGCAUUUGUUUUGGAGUGUGUCUUUCAAAUAUAUAUUUCUACACUUAAUAAAGAUGAGAAGCUUUAUUGCCAUUUUCAACGUUAAAGGGGUACUCCGGUGAAAACCUUUUUUCUUUUAAAUCAACUGGUGGCAG